AUGUACCGGGUAAAAAGCAAAUGGUUUUCAGGAGUAGACCAAGCCACCCUAGUCGAGCAAGUGAAACGAGUCAAAGAGAUUGAAGCGAUUGAAAGUGACUCCUUUGUUCCACAGACGUUCAGAUCCAGCAAAGAAGUCAAAAAGUCAGUAGAACCUACUGAACUGCAACAGGAACCUGUAACUAUCGGAGUUGGAACUGCUGAUGCGUCUGCUCCCGAAAAAGAACCACCGCCCGCCAAUAUUCCUACUGCCAUCAAAUAUCAAGAUGAUAAUUCUUUAGCACAUCCCAAUCUGUUUAUCGAGAAGGCAGAAGCAGAAGAGAAGUGGUUCCAGAGGCUGGUUGCUCUCCGGCAGGAAAGGCUGAUGGGCAGUCCGGUGGCCUGA